AUGCUGGGGAAGGAUUACAUGCUCGCCAUCAUCAUAGUCAAUUAUGAUGACAACAUCUGGAAUGACCAGAGUUUGGAGCUGGACUCAGACCUGCCCCCUGGAUGGCGCACAAUUCGGGAUAGCACGGGUACCUACUACUGGCACAUACCCACUGGCACCACACAGUGGCAGCACCCCUCUUACAGCGCCGAGGAGGAGCAGAACGCCAUCAACAGCAUUACCAACAAUGACCUCAAGGACUUUGGAGCGCCUGUACAGCGUGGGUCCAGAGCUGGCUUGACAGAGAGCCCAGUCUCCUCUUUGAAUGACAGGGUCUCAUGGCAGGAGGAGAGUUUCUGCGCCAGCAUGGAUCCUGACUCUAAGUGUUUUGCGGUGCGCUCCCUAGGCUGGGUGGAGAUACCAGAGGAGGAGCUGACCCCCGGGAGGAGCAGCUUGGCUGUGAAUAACUGCAUUCAGCAGCUCUCUCACAGCAAGGCAGAAGGCCGGGACGCAGUGGGAGCCUGGGGGGAGGGUCAGGAUAUGAUGAUGGUCCUGAAGAAGGACACUCUCAGUUUGAUGGACCCUGUGGACCGCAGUCUCAUUCACUGCCAACCAAUCAUAAACAUCCGUGUGUGGGGGGUGGGCUGCAACAAUGGCAGAGACAGAGACUUUGCCUUUGUGGCCAGUGACAAAGACACCUGUAUGCUGAAAUGUCACGUGUUCCGCUGCAAUGCCCCAGCCAAGACCAUUGCCACAGCACUGCAUGAGAUGUGCUCUAAGAUCAUGGCAGAAAAAACAGCAAUGCGCCCCUCCAUGGCUCGCUCCCUUACUAUGGAGAGUAUCUCUCCUGAGGACCUGCCUCGUCAAGUUGACUUCCUGGAUGCAGUCAGGCAGAGAGUACAGAAGUUUGAAGUGGAAUACAUUGGAAAUCUACCUGUUUCCAGAGCAAUGGGGAUGGAAGUCCUGAACAGGGCCAUUGAGAGCAUCAUUCAUUCUAGAGACAGGGAUGAGUGGGAGCCCAUUGUCAUCCAUGUUUCUGACACAGUUUUGUCCCUGUGGAGGGGAGAGGACAGAGAGGAUCCAUUUUGGGAGUGCCAGGUGCGUUACUUGACCUUUCUAGGUGUGGGUCAUGACACACACACUUUUGCAGUGAUUGUGGAUGCAGGGACACAGCGAUUCGAAUGUCACGUCUUCUGGUGCGAACCUGAUGCUGGAAUCAUCUCAGAGGCAGUGCAGGCAGCAUGUAUGGUUCAGUACCAGAAGUGUUUGGUGGCUCAGACACCACCACCGAGGUCAAAAAUGUGGCGUGCUGGCUCCAAGGUGAAACGUGCCAACUCCAUGGAUGGCUCAACUUUCCCGCCACGACACCAAGGACACUCACCCCCCAAAAUGGCCUCCUCUAGCAUGAAGAAAGGUGUACUGGCGUUUUUUGAGACAUUUCGAAAUAAACAGUCAGUAGCUCCUACACCUUAA